AGACGUCGAGGCCAGUGAAGCUUUCGGUAGUAAUUUUAAUCUCAGCCAUGACAAUCAUCCUUGGUGUGAUUCAAAUAUUGUUCUGUGCCACACUGGCAAUGGCACAGCAGCCAGUCCCUUAUCCUGCGAUAAACUGGUUUUAUCAACCAUCAUUCGGCUGCAACUGCGAUUCACGUAAUAUGCCGAGACCGCCAUACCUGCCGUGGAAUCAACCGCCCGCGAAAAGAGACGAUUACACGUACACGCCGGGUAUCGGCGGUUACAAAGUUCACACGCGAGCUGUUCCGUGGAACGAUGCUCGAAUGACUUGCGAAGAAGAAGGCGGUUACUUGGCCAUUCUCAACUCCAUAGCCGAAGCGAACGCAGUCACUGAGUUGUUGAAAAAAUCACCGCCAAUCACUGGAUCACCUCAUCCGGAUUUUGCCAGUAUUGGAUUUCACGAUCUUUAUCGGGAAGGCCAACAUGUGACCAUCCACGGUCAGACAUUGGCGAAAGCUGGUUUCACACAGUGGGCAGGUGGACAACCGGACAAUGCGGGUGGUAACGAAAAUUGCGGAUCCUUGCACAAAAGUGGCGGACUUAACGAUAUCGAUUGCGGUACUUCGUUUGGUUUUAUAUGCGAGUCACCAAUCUAUUGAUGAAGACAUCAAAGAAGAUUGAUCGAUUUUUAUUGACAGAUGUUAUGUCAUUGAUAAACAACGUAGAAUAUAAAAUAAGGGAAACGUAUUUCAGAUAAGUAUAUGUGGAAUAU